CUUCUGAAUUCUGAUAGAUAAUUCAUCAACAAACAGUUUCCUCUCAAAAUCUUAAUUUGUCACAAUUUCGUUGGCCCAAAAUCUUAACCCAUCACCCCAUCCAUUCACAGACUCUACAGCCAUGGAAGCUACUGCCACUACUGGGAUGCCAAUCGUUAACUUCCUUGCAACAUCCCCACCCCUAACAAUAACUGUCCUAACAACCUUAUCACCACCAUGGCUUUCAAAAAAACUAAAUAUGCUCGCUCUUUAUGCUCUUAAUCCCAUCUCAAGAGAAAAUGUCCUUUCUUUCCUCUCUCGUUGCUCCACCAAACCAGACACCAACACAAACAAUGAGACAUACCAAAAUCAAAACUUUCAACAUAACUCAUACUCAUAUACCAACAAUAACAUGUCACCUCCCAUUUCAAAUGAAACACAAAUACUUCCCUCUUCUUUAUCAUCAUCGGUACCCCCUUCUUCUAGAGGAUUAGUGCUCAAUCUGGGUCCAAAAAAUUCAUGGGACAGUGCAGAAAUUGGUUCACCAGUGGUUAAAAGGUUUCUCAGUGAUGAGGAGGAGAGAUGGUUCAUGUGGUACCAUGGGAAUUCUUGUGAAACCCCAGAUUCUGAUUUUAUUGGUUUAGCAAUUUCAAGCAAUGGAAUUCACUGGUAGAGAGGUAAAGGUCUGGUGAAAUCAAGUGAUGAGGUGGGUUUGGUUAUGAAUUGUAGUAAAGAUUGGUGGGCUUUUGAUACUUUAAGCAUUAGGCCUAGUGAGGUGGUGAUCAUGUCCAGUAAUAAAGUGAGAGCCUCGAGUGCUGUGUACUGGCUUUAUUACACCGGUUUUAGUUCUAAGAAAGUGAAAUUCUUAGAUGAUGAUUCUUUGGAUUUGAAUUUAGAAAAUCCAGAAAGGUUUCACAUUCGCAAUUUGAGUGGUGAAAAUGGUAAGAUUUUCAAGUCCUUGCCAGGUUUGGCAAUAAGCCAGGAUGGGAGGCAUUGGGCAAGAAUUGAAGGGGAGCAUCAUAGUGGAGCAUUGUUUGAUGUGGGGUCUAAAAAAGAUUGGGAUUCACUAUUCAUUGCUUCACCACAAGUUUUUUUUCAUGGAAAUGGUGAUCUAAGAAUGUACUACCAUUCAUUUGAUAUGGAAAAUGGUGAGUUUGGUAUUGGCAUUGCAAGGUCUAGAGAUGGAAUGAAAUGGGUGAAGUUGGGGAAGGUAAUGGGAAGAGGAAAAAGAGGUGGGUUUUAUGAAUUUGGGGUAAAAAAUGCGUGUGUUGUGAGGAACAAGAAAGAUGGGAAGUAUGUGAUGGCAUAUGAAGGUGUUGCUGCUGACAGGAUAGGGAGUAUUGGAUUGGCAGUGUCAACGGAUGGAUUGAAGGGUUGGAGGAGGCUUAAAGAUGAGGCAGUUCUUAAGGUUGAAGCUGAAGAUGGAUGGGAUAAUGAACGUGUCGGGUCACCUUGUUUAGUGCAAAUGGAUGGAGAUAGUGAUGAAUGGAGAUUGUAUUACAGAGGUCAUGGAAACGGAGGGAGGACUGGGAUUCGUUUGGCAAUCUCUGAAGGAAGUGAUAUUGGAAGGUUUAGAAGAUGGAAAGGAUUUCGUUUAUAGGUAAAUGUGUUAGGCUAUCUCAUUUUCUUUUCCUGUUAUAAGUCUAAUUUAAAUAUUGUUUUCAAGUUGGUUGAACAUUGUAUGCAUACUAUCUAAUGAAAACAUUGACAACAUCAUUGCUGAAUGUUCUUGGCUUAAAGAACAUCAAAAAAUUUCUGAAUCAGUUUGUUCUUGGAUUUGUGGAUACUGGCUUGUAAAUUCUCCAAGGAGUAAACUGCUGUAGUUUUGAGUUGCGAUUUCGGAAUAUGCAAAUAUUA